AUGUCUCUCAAGGUGUUUUGCCUGCUGACAGCGGUCCUCAUGGCCGUCUCGCCGGCGUGGGCAGUUCUACCACGUUCAACAUCCGACAUUCAAAAAAUACUUCCUGGUGGAGCCACGGUCCUCAGAACCGUCAGUCUGGGGCCAAACUCGACCUUUGGCGAUGUCAACGAGGUGGCGUAUCCCCGAAACUCAACGGGUCUCCCGGCCCUGUGCGCCGCCACAAUCAAUGUCACCAGCUCCACGACCAGCUCUUUUCGCUUCGGUCUGUACCUGCCCCAGGAAUGGAAUGCUCGGUUUGCCGCUGUCGGCACCGGCGGCAUCGAUGGCGGCAUCAACUGGCCCGCCAUGGGCCCCAUGUUCAAGUACGGCUUCGCCGUCGCCUCGACAGACACGGGCCACAACAGCACCAACAGUUCGGCGACCUGGGCUUUGAGAGGUCCGGAGACGGUCGCAGAUUGGGCCUAUCGCGCCAUCCACGGCUCGACUGUGCUGGCCAAGCAUAUCGUCAGCGGCUACUAUGCGGCCCCGAUCAAGUUCUUCUACUAUAACGGCUGUUCCACCGGGGGCUUCCAGACAUCUGGAGUGUGGAGUGUGCAUGGUCUGGGUUGGUUUCGACCGAGGACCUGA